CCACCAUGCUGACGUAGAUGGCGUUGGUCACGUGAUCAAGGUGCAACGUAAUUUGACGUGUCACAGAGCAUGUAACCAGGAAGAGCCUGCUAUAUCUUCACCAUGCUAACAGGAGAUACACAUGAUGAAGAAGUGUCUCUGUUUGAUGCCGAGGAGGAUGCAGGGAAAAUAUCAAAGAAGGUUGUCAAGCAUCCAGUGGCGUCCUUCUUCCACCUCUUCUUCCGAGUCAGCGCCACGAUCGUCUAUCUGCUCUGUGAGUUCAUCAGCGGCAGUUUCAUCGCCUCCAUGGUCACAAUCAUCCUGCUGCUCUCAUGUGACUUCUGGACUGUAAAGAACAUCACGGGGAGGUUGUUGGUUGGUCUGCGGUGGUGGAACCAGGUGGACGACGACGGACAGAGCCGCUGGGUGUUUGAGUCGCGGAAGGGUACUGGGAAGCAGCAAACAUCGGACUCGGAGUCCCGAAUCUUCUGGCUCGGACUGAUAGCUUGCCCCGUUGUCUGGGGCAUCUUCGCCUUUAGCACACUGUUCUCAUUCCGGAUUAAAUGGAUGCCUGUCGUGAUCAUGGGUUUGACGUUGCAAGGAGCCAAUCUGUAUGGAUAUGUGCGGUGUAAAGUGGGAGGAAAGACCAGCCUAAAAAACAUGGCCACAAAUUAUUUUGGCCAGCAGUUCCUGAAACAGGCGCUGUCUAAAGAAGAGCAGUCGUAGAGUUUCACGCACCCACAUUAUUCCCAAUGCUAUAUUAUCGUACAAGUGGGGACAGAAAUCUUUCCGACAUGGACUCAAGAUCUUUGUUCUGUUUUUUCGAUUUAUUUUUGCAUCUUCAGAACAAUUUUCUGGUUUUAUUCAGAGGUUAGAGGUUUGGUUGCUGCUUUUCAGAAACUGAACCCGAGCAAUACAGUCUUUACUAACACCUCAGCCAUGGGCGAGAAAAGCCUGAAAUGUUAACCUAACUCUAGUUGGUGUUGUAGUCUCAUUAAUGCAAAUCUUUAGUUUGUGUUUUCAUUUUCUUUUAAUAAUUUAAUGUAACUUUAAACAGCUUUUCAGAUGGUUUGUAUAAAGUUUUUUUUUUUUUCUUGCACAGCAGACUGUAAAGUAUUCCUUGUAAAUAUGUAAGUAAGCAACAUUGUGGAAUAUCUUGUGUGCAAAUACAUUUGGGACUUUUCUCUGA